GCUGUGCAGUCUGACAGCAGAGGGAAUGAAGGACCUGUGGCAGAGCUCCUUCCUAUACUGUGGAUGUCUCAGUCUGCUGAUGGAGGAGCAAAGCAAUAAAAGCAAUAAAAACGAAGAAUACGAAUUUGAAAAUGUUCAAACUGAAGUAAAACUCCAGAUCACUGAAAUAUGCUGAAGGUGUUCUGGUCUCUCUUCCCAUUCUGGUUCAUGUGCAGAACAGCGUAAAACAAGAACCAGACAGAAGCGGGCCUCGUUUAACACGGAUCAGGAUGAGAGCGAAGAAUUAACUCGAAUGAAUUAAAGUAUGAAAACCUCAUUUUAAAAAAGUGGGACCGAGAGCAUCAGAGUGCUGAGACUGACAAAUCUACAUUACACUAAAUUUACCAUGUGAGCAGAGAAUUCAGUGUCUUAUUCACCUGGACUUGGUUAGAAUCCAGACUUUAUUUGAUCAUGUGAUCUCGUCCUGUUGUAAUUUGAAACUCGAUCACAUAACAAUUAUAUGAUAUAACGAUCAUAUAACACGUCUGAAAGUUUAGACAGGUUUGUGUUAGCGUGACCUGAGUCACGGACUGAAUGAUGUUGUGUAGCAGAGCAGAUGUGUGUCUUUGUCCUCUCACUUCUCCCUUACUUCUGUGUUCUUACAGAUCAAAUGGAUUACACCUCAUAUGCUUCUCCGUCAGAUAACACUUCCUCCUCCUCCUCCUCUCUUUCCCUCUGUCCCAGUGCUGCCACACUCUUCUUCCUCCCCUCCGUAUACACGCUCCUCUUCCUCACCGCUCUCCCAGGCAAUGCACUGUCUUUGUGGGUGUUCCUGCGGUGCAUCUCCACCAUCUCCCCCACCCACAUUUAUCUGUCCCACUUGAGUGUCUCCAACCUGUUGCUGUCCCUCACCACGCCCUUCCUCGCAGCCUACUAUGCCUGGGGCCCGGUCUGGACACAGAGCGGCGUGCUGUGUCAGCUGGUCCUGCACGGUAUCACCCCAGUGCUCCACAUUAACGUCUACAUAAGCCUCAUGAUCCUCACUUGGGUGGCCCUCAGUCGAUUUGCCGCCCUCAUCCAGCACACCCACGCUUCCAGACCGAGCACCUGCACAACCCUGCUGCCACCCGCCUUCUUCACCCGUCUCACGAGGGCAUCCUUUGCCAGCAGGGUGUGUGCCUUGGUGUGGGUGGUGGCGGUGGGAGGCACUGUGCCAGUGACAGUUUACUACUCAGUGAAUGAAGCAAGGAGCGGCAACGCCACUGCAGCCGGCGGGUACGAAGAAGCUGAGAAAGGAGGAUGUAUGGAAGCGUGCUACAACCCUGCAGUAGAAAUAGGAGGCAGUCUGUCUGCGGCUUUCACUGUGCCUGUUAUCACCAUGUUCUUUGUGUUCUACCUGCUGGUGCUGCUGUCCUACAUGACAGUACUGAGGCAUAUCAGACGCUCACGUCGCAGCACCAACAUCACCACCUCCCAGGGCCUGCUGGGUAGGGUGUUCCGAAACAUCGUCGUCAUCCAGGUUGUUCUCUCAGUGUGUCUGCUGCCAUACCACAUCUUCAAACCCAUCUUCAUUUUUCUGGCCCAUUAUCAACGUCAGCUGACAUACCCACCCAGGACCAGCGCCUGGAACCACUGCCAUCCCCUCUCCACCUUCGUCGAGCUGAAGAACUGCCUGUUACUUCUGGCCGCACUGAGAGGUUCAACUGACCCUGUGAUGUACUUCUUCUUAGACAAGAACUUCCGUCAACAAACCCUCAUACUUUUUGGACACAACCGGAACAACCCCGGGGGCAGACCAGCGGCCUCCACUACUGCAGAUUUCAGUCGUGAAAGUGUUCUGUAGCUGAUUUUUAAAACUUGUGGGACAGAUUUUCCACAGAGUCUGGAGCAGAACGUUAACGUACUGUGGUUCAUCACGUUACACGAAGAACAAACUAGUUCAAUGGAUAAACACUCUCAAAAUCUCCACCAUACUAUUAGCUUGACUAUUGUGUAGAUGUGACUCACUGCCCACCUCUGAUGUUCUGGCAGGUAAGAUGUUUUUCAGUCUACAAAUAUAUAUAUACUAUAUAGAUAUAAACUGAUUAUAUGGACUGAUCUAUAGAUUAUAUAGACAUAAACUGCAAUGCUCCCAGUCUGAUUCUAGCCAAAGACUUUUGUUGCCAAAAGACUUGAAAUGUGAUAAAAACUCUGGAAAAAAGUUGUUGUCUCUCCAGUAUACAUGGAAAUGUUUGUAGUAGCAGCCUAUGAAUAUUUGAUAUCUGUGUCACAAACCUUGUUCUUUAAUUGUGUUUAAGUUAUUGAUGAGGGAUUACCAAGUGUGCACUGGUGUCUGUGCAGAAGGUGUGUGAGACUGUGUCGGGAGCGCCUGCAGAAGAAGACAUGCUCUGUGAAGUGGGGCCCCUGCAGACGUGCGUCCCCUGAGGGCCCCACGUGGGCUUUUCAGACUGAAGCCCAGCACGCACAGAGACAUGAAGGCAGAGAGAGGGGGAGAUGGUAGGAAGAGGAUUAUCCACGUCAUCCUCCCGAUUGUUCGGCUUCAUUACAGACGCCAGUCGCCCGUGUCAAAGAGUAUUACUUAAACCUCUGGGUGUCUGGGGCAUGUAUGUAUGUGAGAGUGUCUAUGUGCACUCUUGCUUUCAUUUGUUUGUAUAAGGAGACAGGCAGGAGUCUCCCCAGAGACGGCAUGAGUUCCAGUGGUCGUCCACUGUCGUCACAGUGAGUAUUGUUUAUGUUUGUUCAGAAAAAUCGCUGUCAGACGUGAAAAUCACCACCACCAGGCAGCACUUCCUGCACCAAA